AAUAAAAUGUAAAAGAAAAAGAUUUACUGCAGGUAUGUGAUAAGUACUACUGUCUGUUUUAUCGGGAUGUGUAUGAGUGUAUUCUAUUUAUUAUUGUUGGGAGCGUGUUGCCGUCCAAAAAGGUUCUCAACAGCCAGCGCCCUCGUCCCGCCAAGCCCCUCGGCCCAAGGGCGCUAAAGGAUCCCACCAAGUAUUCCAGACCUCCAAAACUACUCAGGCGUAUCAAAUUCUUCUCAUCAUCUCCUUCUCCUCGCAACAGCCCCUCGACCCCAUCCUUUUCUGCUUCUUUUCUGUUGGUCCAUCCACCGCUAUGUCUGAACCCAUCAGAAACAAGAAGGCAGACUUUCCAGUCGCCCCUACGCCUCAAAACACACCUGCAAACAACGCCCCUAUCUCUUCUCAUGCCCAACAGCCUGGAGUCGCUAGCAUCAAAGAAGAAUCCCUUGACCAUGCUACGGCUGCUUCUCUCUUCGCAAGAAAUCCUGGACUCGUAUCCAUGAUCCAAGGAAAGCUUGGUUCUCUUGUUGGACGUUCAUCUGGCUAUAUCGAGUCGCUUCCUGUAUCUGUCCGUCGACGCGUGGCUGGCCUUAAGGGUGUCCAAAAAGAGCACGCGAAGCUGGAGGCUCAGUUCCAGGAGGAGGUCUUGGAACUUGAGAAGAAAUACUUCGCCAAAUUCACUCCUCUUUAUCAGAGACGUGCCACAAUAGUCAACGGCGCUGUGGAACCGACUGACGAUGAGGUUGAUGCAGGAAAAAAGGAAGAAGAGGAAGAUGUAGGUGCGAAGGAAGGCGAAGAAGAGCCCAAGAAAGAAGAGGAGAAGGAGCCCGCAAUGUCCGGCAUUCCCGAAUUUUGGCUAUCUGCCAUGAAGAAUCAGAUUUCACUCGCCGAGAUGAUUACCGAGCGGGAUGAGGAAGCCUUGAAACAUCUCGUUGACGUCCGCAUGGAGUACCUCGACCGCCCAGGGUUCCGUCUUAUCUUUGAAUUCUCAGAAAACGAAUUUUUCACGAACAAAACAAUUUCGAAGACCUAUUAUUACAAAGAGGAGAGUGGUUACGGUGGUGAUUUUAUCUAUGAUCAUGCUGAGGGAUCCAGGAUCGACUGGAAAUCCGACAAAGAUCUUACAGUUCGUGUGGAGAGCAAAAAACAGAGGAACAAAAGUAAGUUAAGGAGAAUUUAGGGAAUAAGAGGGUCUAGGCUAAUUGCUUUCUUUACCUCAAGAUACGAAGCAAACCCGUGUGGUCAAGGUUACGGUGCCCACAGAGUCGUUCUUCAAUUUCUUCUCCCCCCCGCAGCCGCCAACGGAUGACGAUG